CUUCAAUCAGAAUUACAUUAAGAAUAAAUUCCGAGUUUUCCUUGCUACUCAAUGAGUUCAUGGGAUUGGACUGGCAGAAGAUACACUGACACGCAGCUUAUUUUCGACCAUAGUCAUAACAUUGCAAUUAUUGAACGAAGGGAUCUAGGAUCUAGUCGCUAACUUCUUCACCAGAUUCUUACGAUCAAUAGCGUACCGGUGAGGAAUUUGUCUCACCUUCGAAAAUGAUCGAUUGGUUGUUCGACAAGGUCAUCGGACAUCCUUUGUCAUCGACCAAUUUGUCGAUAAAAAUAGGGCAUAUUUCUGUGGUAGCAACAGUUGAUACCAUUGGAGUGGCGCUAUUGGUGUAGUGAAUCUGAUUCUGAUAAUGGCUCAGUACUUCACUCAGCAGCAAAUUGAAGAAUAUCGGCAAUGCUUCACAUUAUACUGUCCCAAGGGAUGUGCACAAAAUGCAUCACAUUUACGUUAUAUAAUGCGUAGCCUUGGUUACACUCCAACUAUACCGGAAACGAUACAAUAUUUUCGUAAAUACGGACAAAAAUUGGAUUUCCCAUCAUUUUUGGAAAUUUUAUAUGAAGAAAACCAGAAAGGUGAUCCAAUACAUGAAAUUAUUGGCGCACUUCGAGGAAUUGAUUCCAAAAAUCAAAAUUGGAUUACGGUACCUGAAUUCAUCGGUAUUUUAUCAUCCGUUGGUGAGAAAAUGUCACGGGAAGAAAUUUACAACAUUCUUCAACAGUUAGAUAUUACUGGUGGUCGAGUACUAUUCGGUUCACUGUUGAAUUUCAUUUCGAAUAUCCAUACGGAUUACACUUAUUUCUCUGACAAUAAUCGUUGUAAUAUAUAUAAACAAUGAUAAAACUAAUUAACAAGAAGACUUAUUGGAAAAUAAUCUUAGCAAGAUCAAAUUCAACUUUUUUUUUUUUAAACUUUUAUUCUGAACAGGAGAAACAUUCAAAUAUGGAAAUAUGUUGCUUUCUUCUUUUGUAAAUUACUGAUCGGUAACAAUAACUCGAUUCAUUCUUUUUCUAAGUUGAAGCAGUGAAGUUUUAACACUUUCUUUUUUUAGUGAAACUUCAUUAUUCGAUUUCGUGAUCACAUAUCCAAC